CCAUCAAUCAAUUCUCAAACCUCCAGCCCCCAACUCACCGAGAACUGACUUUAAACUGAGAGUUAAUCCAAGAGCCGCUCCCGAUUAAACUGGGUAAACUCGAGCCAGAGACAGUCGGAGCUGCCAAAUCUUGGGACAGCUAUAUGCCGGGAAGACCUCCGCACACGUUUACAACAUUCCAGAAAGAGAGGAAAAAAAUCCCAGUGACGGGAAGGGUGUGUGUGAGGCCAGUUAGACAGAACUCUGUUCGCCACAGAGACUGCAGAUCCAGCCUUUCAACAGCUUGUUCAUUUCACCGCGUCAGUUUCACACUCUCUUCCGUCCUCUUCCAGAUCACUUCCACUCUCUCUCCUCUUCCAGAUCAUUUCCACUCUCUCUCUCCUCUUCCAGAUCACUUCCUCUCUGUCUCUCUCUCCUCCUGGUCAGUUUCACGGCCUCUCUCUCCUCUUCCAGAUCACUUCCACUCUCUCUCCUCUUCCCGAUCACUUCCAUUCUCUCUCUCUCCUCCAGAUCCGUUUCACACUCUCUCCCUUCUCUUUUAGGUCACUUCCACACUCUCUCUCUCUCCUCCAGGUCAGUUUCACUCUCUCUCUCUCUACCUCCUCCCAAUCCCCGUGCAGGUCGGUUCUCACGAUGAGUACCCCCCUGCUCCCCGGCCUGUGUGUCCUGUUCUCUCUGGUUCUCUGUGAGCCGGGCCCCCUCUCCGAUGUUCUUGUUGACAGAUACUUCAUCCCGGCCGAGUGCUCCCGGCAGGUUCAAAGCGGAGACUUCAUCCGUUACCACUACAACGGCACCUUCGCGGAUGGCAAGAAAUUCGAUUCAAGCUAUGACCACAGCAAUACCUUCAAUGUUGAAGUAGGAAAGGGUCGCCUCAUCCCAGGAAUGGAUAAAGCUGUCCUUGGAAUGUGUGUCAAUGAAAGGCGACGUAUUGUCAUUCCCCCCCACCUUGGAUAUGGCAGCCAAGGAGUCGACAAUGUCAUCCCUCCGGAUACCACUCUGUACUUCGAUAUCAUUCUCCAUGAUAUCUGGAACCAUAAUGACAAGGUGCAAACAAAGACUUUGCACAGACCCACUGUUUGCAACCGCACAGUACAGAGCUCCGACUACGUCCGAUAUCAUUACAAUGGCACUCUGCUCAAUGGGACACUCUUUGAUUCAAGUCACAAUCGCAUGAGUACGUACGACACCUAUGUGGGUAUUGGCUGGUUGAUCAAGGGGAUGGAUGAAGGGCUCCUGGGAAUGUGUGUAGGAGAGAGAAGAAUUAUCAUCAUCCCUCCAUUCCUGGCCUACGGAGAGACUGGGUAUGGCAGUGACAUUCCCCCACAGGCCAGUUUGGUAUUUGAUACUCUGCUGCUGGAUCUCCACAACCAGAAUGACACAGUCUCCAUAGAGAAGCUGGUUGUCCCAGAACCCUGCACUCGGCAAAUCGAGACUGGAGACUUCAUCCGCUAUCACUACAAUGGCAGUCUGUUGGAUGGAACCUUCUUCGACUCUAGGACAACAGAGCGAUGGAAGGGUUUAUCAAGAGAAUUUGAGAACUGGGGGCCUAGGCAGCCGAAGGCAUUGGCACCAAUGGCAGAGAAAUUAAAAUUGGAAGCACAAGAAGCCAAUAAGAUUCCACCCUCCGCUGUGCUGGUCUUUGAUGUUCACAUCAUCGAUUUCCACAAUCCAAAGGAUAAAGUGCAAAUCCAACCUUACUUCAAGCCAGAUGCCUGUAACAGGACAUCACAGAUCAAUGACUAUGUGACUUAUCACUACAAUGCUUCUCUCAUGGAUGGUACCCAACUCUACACCUCCCGUGAGCUUGACACUCCUCCAACUUUAAUCCUGGGCUCCUCGAAAACAAUUGAAGGGUUGAGUCAAGGCUUGCUUGACAUGUGUAUCGGAGAGAAACGGAUUUUGACAGUACCGCCGCAUCUUGGUCAUGGAGAGAAGGGAGCUGGAGAUGUACCAGGCAGUGCAGUGCUGAUGUUUGAUGUUGAACUGCUCGACAUGAAGCCAGGGGUCCCAGAGGGUUAUCUGUUUGUUUGGACUGAUAAACCUCCAGCCAAACUCCACGAGGAGCUUGAUAGCAACCAGGACGGAGAGAUCUUACUUGAAGAGUUUACUCGUUAUAUCAUGGCACAGGUUGAUCAAGGCACAGGUCGUCUCUCACCAAUCGACGAUCCUGACAAACUAAUCAAUGACAUGUUUAAAAAUCAAGACCGCAACCAGGAUGGGAAGAUCACUCCAGAUGAGCUCAAACUGAAGACUGAUGAGGACAAUGAACAGAUUGUGAAAGAUGAGCUCUGAAUAUCUUACAUAUUAAAAAAAUUUCCAAAAUUUCCCAAAGCAAGCACCCUGUAAAUAUAACAUUGGAAGAAAAGGUUUUCAAUUCUCUAUUCUGUUUACUAGUUUAGUUUAAUGGCCCCAUUUGCAUUUUUUUCCUUGUCGCUCCUUUCUGUUGCUUGUUUUGACUUUCUCCUUGUGAGGUUGUCCCCUCCGCAUAGUUGCUCAGGAUCAAUGAUGCUAGGAUUGAUUGUCCUGCUUUCUAGGUGAGGUCUGGGGACACUAAUCAAUGAUUACACCUGCAUUAAUAACACUGCGUUGUGUGGGUGUGCACCUGUGUGUCAAGUACUUAGAAAUAAGUUCAAGGGGAAAAUUGCCAAAAACUGACCCUGCAGCUCUCUGUAAAUCUCAAAUUCUCAAUGGAAAGGUCCAACAAACAUCCACAACAAACUGUAGAAAGAGUUCUUAAUACUGUGUUUGGAAACAGUGAUUUUGAGAAAGUUACUCUUUCCAAUCCCCCCAUCCCAUCAGCUGUGACUCCCUAAAGUUUUCACAGCGGUAAUCACAAAACUGCUCAAAUUCAGGGAAUGAGCCACACAUGGGGGUGCCUUUAAUGCUUUGGGAGAACUGUCUCUCUAUUCAGGACACACAGGGUCUUGGUUGAGGGCUCUUGUUCCCUCAAUCCUGUCCUGACUGAGUUCAGUGCCUUUCACUGGCUGUGUCUGUUGUAUGGAGAUAGUUGCUUGAGGCUACGCCUGGACUUAUACCCGUUCUUGACUUCAGUUGUUAUUAAGUUCCAGGUCUCCUGUUCAGGAUAUUUCUCAUCCUUUUUUUAAAUAUGCAUUGAGUGGAUUUUGUGAAGAGUGUUUGUGGAGUGAAGCUGUGGUCCCUGAUCUCCAAUGGAUGCCUUGAUAUUUGAUGCUGUAAGGAAGUGGAGAAUUUCCACACCAUUUGGAAAAGGAUAACUAAAUGGAUUUCUUGUAUAAAAUCUUA